UCCCCUCCUAUCCCCUUAUCCACUCAACACUCCGCACCUGGCCACCCCGAAGCGAAAUGGCAGCGGCAUCCCACUGAACCCUUCCCGUCGUCGACGCCUCCUCGACCCUCUCCUGCUCGCUCACGCCGGCGCAAUGGCCACGACCGUAGCCUCCUCCGCGUUCCUCUCCUCCGCCUUCGCCCCGCUCCCCCGCCACAGCCGCCUGGCCAGGCACGCGCCGCGCCGCGCCGCCGUGGCCGGCUUGUCCGUGCGGUGCGAGCAGAGCGACAAGCAGAAGAGGCAGCCGCUCUCCGCGCUCGUGCCCCGCGAGGAGCGCUUCAUGUUCGAGGGCGACGAGCUCUGCGGCCCCGACAUAUGGAAUACAACAUGGUAUCCUAAGGCUGCAGAUCAUGUAACUACUGAAAAGACAUGGUACGUUGUUGACGCAACGGACAAGAUUCUAGGCAGGCUAGCAUCCACCAUUGCAGUACAUAUCAGAGGAAAGAAUGAGCCCACAUACACUCCAAGUGUGGACAUGGGUGCUUUUGUUAUUGUGGUUAAUGCUGAGAAGGUUGCUGUUUCUGGUAAAAAGCGGUCACAGAAGCUCUACAGGAGGCACUCUGGACGGCCUGGAGGAAUGAAAGUAGAAACAUUUGACCAGCUUCAGAAAAGGAUUCCAGAAAGAAUCAUUGAACAUGCAGUGCGUGGCAUGCUUCCCAAGGGCAGGCUGGGAAGAAGGCUGUUUACCCACCUCAAGGUUUACAAAGGAACGGAACAUCCGCACGAGGCUCAAAAGCCUGUUCCACUGCCUAUCAGGGAUAAAAGAAUACAGAAGACUGACUAGAGAAUCCAUGUCGACUGAAAAAGAUGCAGCAAUGAAUUCCUCUUCUCAAGGUUUUGCCCAGUGUUUGGAAUGCUAUCCUAAUUCACGCGUCUGCCAGAUUGAGUCUAAAUUUUUUUGUAAUUUGAUUUUCCUCCCAAAGAUUAAAAAUCUUCCGUUCAUAUUUCUACCCGAUGACUAGUCAUGUAAUAUACUAAUCUGGUACGGUUUAAAUCAUCCCAAAAUUUCUGUUUGUUCAA